AUGCCCCCUUUUCGAUUUCAAUAUGGUCACCAGCCCAAGGAACAGGCCAAGCCUGCCAACCAGGACAUCCGCGGAUACUAUGACCCGGACCUACCUAUUUAUGGCCCUUGGAAACUUUGGCAAACCAAGCCAGAGUUUCCUUCGCCCGAAGAAAUCCUCGGGACAGAUGUACCAGGAGACGUUGUUGCACUUGCCCCCAACUGCAUUUCGGGACCUUGGGUUUCCAAGGAGAGAUACCUAGAGGCCCAUUAUUCAUUGAUCCGAGAAGACUCGGUUGCACCACUUCGAAAUGCCGUGGGCCGGGUCCGCGCCGAUCCCUUUAUGAGAGAUACUCCGGGCAUCUCCAUCUAUGAGAAGAUUCCUGAUCCACAUUCUUCUACAUCAAAGGUUUUCGUUAUUGGUAUUACUCUAGCCCGCUCGGGGUUCGCGUUGCACAUCCAAUUCUCUACUCGCCGCGCGGGUAAAAAUAUUGCCUGGACGUACUCUAACCGCCUUAAUCCUGGAACAGUCGUUGCUCUAACCACAAAGCAAAAUGCAUUCUUGAGCAAAUGUGUUGUUGCCGUCGUGGCCUCCUCGCCCGACGAUAUUGAUAUCGACCCACAACAAGAAUGGAUCAUGGUGGAAGCUCGAGCGGGAUAUUUCGAGGCAAAUCGACACACCCUGACAGCACUGCAAAAGUUGUCAAAGGAAAGUUUUCCGUUGAACGAACAAAUCUGCAGCUUCGCAGGAGAUAUUGAUGCACCGGAAUACGUCAACACUGCGCCACGCAUGGACUUCACGCCAUUGUCCGAACUCUCUGCACUCGACAUCACUGGAAAGUACGACAUCCUUGAGAGAUGGCCCUCCCAACCAAUGGGAAAGCUAGAUGCAUCCCAAUGGUCAGCCCUGAACCGAAUGUUAACUAAAAAGCUGGCCAUCAUCCAGGGUCCUCCUGGAACAGGCAAGACCUUUACCUCCAUUGCUGCUUUAAAGAUCAUGCUCUCAAACAAAGGGGCAAAUGAUCCACCUAUUGUCAUCGCAGCUCAAACUAACUAUGCGCUCGAUCAACUGAUUAAGCAUAUCUCGGUCUUUGAGAAGAACUAUGUCCGGCUGGGUGGAAGAACUACCGAUCCUGAAAUUCGCAAGCGCACCCCUUAUGAGAUCAGACAGACCCAGGGUCUAUUUAAAAUUGAGGGAGGUCUGUUAACUCCAAUGAUAAAGAAACAGAACAAACUCGCAGGUGAGAUUGAUAAGCUCCUAGGGCCAUUUGCGCCAUCGAACAGCAGCAAGCCUCUUGCAACAUCUCUAUUUCGAGAGCACGGCAUUUUGAGCCAAGAGCAGGUUGAUUCCUUGGAAGAAGUCGCACGUAAAUGGCAGCAAUCAAAUGCCUCUGCAAACGCCAAUCCUUUGAUGGCUUGGCUUACAGACUCCGUAAGGGGUUUUGAUUACAAUUACGUGGGUGACUUUGGAUUUAUCGAUGACGAUAUUGACCGGGAGUAUGAGCAACUGAAGGAGAUCGAAGUCGAACAUGGAAGAUAUGAGGAUGACUGGUUGGAUUUCAAAACCCGCUUUUUCCCGUUGUCGCCUGGUCUUUGCGGCUCCAAUAAGGGGAAAAUCUCUCUGGCAACGGUCGAAAUUUUGCUGAAAGAGAAGGACCUUUACAACAUUCACAAGAGAUAUCGUGGUGCUGUUUAUCGCUACAUACGCAAGCAGCUGAUCGCUAUCCUCGGAGAACAUGUGCAUCGCCUCGCUCAAAGUUACAGAGAUUGCUCCACCAAUGUCCAAAUUGGUAGAUUUGAGCGGGACUAUUGUAUUCUCAAGGAGGCGAGGAUCAUCGGCAUGACCACCACUGGUCUGAGCAAAUACAGAGGACUGGUCUCGAGCUUGAAUCCCAGGGUUAUCUUGAUUGAAGAGGCAGCAGAAGUGCUUGAAGCCCCAGUUGCAGUUGCUUGUCUACCAUCACUUCAGCAUCUCAUUCUUGUUGGCGAUCAUCUGCAACUCAAAGGUCAGUGUGCCGACCAUGAACUGUGUGGCCACCCUUUCUACCUCGAUGUCUCCAUGUUUGAGCGUUUGGUGAUAAAUAAGAUACCAUACGCCAUGCUUCAAGAGCAAAGACGAAUGGUGCCAGAAAUCCGAAAGCUUGUGGCUCCCAUCUAUGGGAAUUGUCUGCGUGAUCAUCCGUCUGUUGAGAAUCACCCUUUGGUUCCUGGUAUGGGAGCGAAACGAUCUUUUUUCUUCGACCACACCUCACAGGAAAGUGCCGAUAGUCUAUUGUCCAAGGUGAAUGACUUUGAGGCAUCAAUGGUGGUCAAUCUCCUUGCCUACCUUGUGAUGAACAAAGUCCCAGCAACCAGUAUCACUGUCCUGACUUUCUACAAUGGGCAAAGGAAGUUGAUUAUGCGGAAGAAGGCACAGAAUCUCAACAUCGCCCAGUCGUACGUCAAUAUAUUGACUGUUGACUCAUAUCAAGGAGAAGAGAAUGAUAUUGUAAUCCUCUCGCUUGUUCGAUCGAAUUAUCAUCGAGGUAUCGGCUUUCUCGAACAGGACAACAGAAUCUGCGUUGCCUUGUCCCGCGCCAAAUACGGUCUUUAUAUAUUUGGGAACGGGCAAUGUGUUAGCAAACACAGUAGUUUCUGGAAUGCAGUUACCAAUGCCAUGUCCGAAGACCAACAAGACCCUCGUAUGGGCCCGGCUCUCCCCCUGUAUUGUGCAAGACACAACCAAGACACCCUAAUUGAAACUCUCAAAGACUGGAACGCUAUCAGCGACGGUUGCAGCAAGCCCUGUGGCAAGGAUCUGCCAUGCGGACACGCGUGUCCCCGUAAAUGCCAUGGUUCUGAACAUGACUGGGUGUCUUGCAAACAGCGCUGCAGUGAGAUUCGCGAGUGCUGCAACAAGCCAUGCAUUUGUGUGUGCUCUCCACCACACACCCAUGAUUGCUUCUGUGGUAUGGGCAAGGAAAAGAAAACCCAGGUCUUUGAGGCCGGAGCAGACUGGAAUGAUGUCGGUGAAGAUGAUGAUCAGAACGCAAUGAUCGGUCCAAUCACCCGACCCCGAGCCCCAACCCGCACCCCUACCUUUGCCUUUGCUGACGACGAAGAUAAAUCGCCGUUUGCCAAUGGUGUACGAGGAUGGCAGGUGUUUGCACAGGGUGGCGCCAUAGUGGAUGAUUACCGCCGGGCUAAGCUCGAUAUUAGAGGAAACCGUCCUCAGGAAGAUGAUACGCCAGUUGAGAAGAAUGUCGAUGCCUCAGUUGAAGGAGACCUGAUCCAUUUUAGCGAUAAUCGUCGGUCUGAAUUUCCAUUUAGAGGUAAAAGUCCUCGAGCAGAUACUACGCCAGUCCAGGAUAACAUCGCUGGUCCGGUCGAAGGAGACUUAAUCAACUUCGACGACGAUGAUAAGCUUGAAGCUGAAGUUCCAAGUAAGGGGGAAGACCAGCACACUGCUCCGGCCAAGGAAGCUAUGGCUACAUAUCACGGGGCUGGUGAUGGCGAAGCUGAAGCUACGAAUGAACUGAAAAACAAGCUUCCCACUUCCCUCGUCCAGGAUCUGAUCGCCUUCGAAGAUAUUUAUCACUGUCGGGUUGGAGGUCACAAUCUCGAGGUAGACCUGCUUGCUGCUUCAAUUAGGGAUGAGGAUAACCUGGCUGGCAGUUUAAGUGUAGCCGACGUUUCGCCCACUCCUAUGGCCGAUGAACUGCUGUUUUCUCCCGCGGAGGGGGAGCUGAUCGAGCUCUCCUAG